CUACAACGGCUGCCUGGUACCUUUCCAGAACGUCAUGAGCCACAAGAUUCGCAUCGGAACGAAAGAGAUGGAUACUGAAGAACUCAACCGGCGGUUUCCGGGACUGGGUCUGAAUGUUCCUUGCAGCGCGGCUGGCGAGGACGGUAGCCGUGUUCCUACGUCCAUCUGUCACGUCUUCGAUAAUUUGUGCCGUUGGAAUUACGUCCUAUGGUACGUCGGCUUGCAGUUGAGAGAACUCCGCGGCCCCGGAAGACUGUCCCUGGUACGGGUCGUCUACAGGGGCAGGGGAGGCCGCAUCGUGCAAACGCGCAGCCGUCACGCCCGGAUUCUCUUUCACGUCCUCCUGGCGCAACACAGCUGCGUCGAGAGCCUACACAUGGGCGACGCCCUAAUCGAAGGUAGUGGACUCGGCGAGUACCGAGAAUGCGUCGUCUCUUCACUUCGGCAAAACACGAGCCUUCGGACGCUGCUUCUCGGUAGCUUAUUCAGCGAGUACAGGAGCAUCCGAGAGGAACUGUUCAGAGCCAUCGCCACCAUGACGAACCUGAGCGAGCUGGCUGUGUUCGGCAGUGCUGCAGCGCCAUCGGUCGUGCUGGACGCGGUUUGUGCGCUUCUCGUGGACACCAGGUGUCUGACCACUGUGACGAUUCCACGACUCGUUUACGACGACGCAAGCGCCAAUCGCUUAAUCGCCGCCCUGCGACGCAAUCAAACCGUCGAAAACCUGUCUCUGCACGGAAGCAUCGUGCAUUCUUAUAUGGAGACUGGUACAUCCAGGUUCUCUCACUUCCUGGCCAACAGCACGCAGCUGAGCUCGGUGAGCAUGGAAGGUGUCGACACGGAUCCCGCAAGCACGUUCGAGGACAUCAAGUGUAUCGUCGUGCCGUUCCGUAUUCGCGGCAACCUCCAGAAGCUAAGACUAAGUGGCUUCCUGUUAAGCGCACCGUGCGCUUGUCUCUUCGCUGCCCUCAUGUCCGGGAACGAGGGGUGUCUCAAGAGUCUCGACAUAGCAGGCUGCCGCUGGAGACUCGAGUCACGACUAGAAGAGUCAUACGACGUCGGAACCACAGACGGCGAACAGUCGGGCGUACCCUACCUCGCGCACCACAGCUGUGACAUGAUUCAGGCGUUGGACCACACUGCGCGAGUGCAACUCUCGUUUUUGGCCCUGGGCAUCGAUGGACUCGAACCGGAGGACCUACGGUGUCUAUUGAAUAUCGCCACUACCCUCGAAUCACUCAAGACCAUCUCACUGAGCGGCGUUCCACUGGAAAAACUGAAGGCAGUUUGCCAAGUCAUCAGGGAGACCACAAUGAGCGGGCGAGUUCGUAUAGAAGACGCCUACCUCGUCGACUCUUGGACAAUAGCUUAUCUUCGGGAGUAUCCGGAAGCGUUGUCUAAGGUGGCGAUCAGAUCUUUCACGGAGCACAAUCCGAGGGCGUUUGUAAUUGUGGUCCGCCUAGCGUGCUCCUGGUAUCGGGUCACCUUGCUACACCUCCACUUGGCACAGGGCAUCCUUUCGGACGUCCCCACGUUUCGAGCCCUGUCCAGCUGCUUGAGCACCUCCGACUCGCUGAGGGUGCUCUCGCUGACCGGAUGUGACGAGCCGGAUCUAAGCCGUACUCUUCGAUCGGCAGGCCGUCCUCACAGCGUACUCCUCGAGAUGAUCUUCAAGAACGCAGCCAUCCGAGCACUUCGGCUCAACGGGCUUCGUAUGGGUAAGGACAACUUGCAUUUCUUCGUUGCCGCGGUGGUGGCCAGCAAGAGCUUGUGCGAGCUUGCCUUUGCAUCCUGCAACCAGGCCGAAAACGACACGUUCCUUCGGCUACUCUCCUCCACGUUCCACGGAAGCAAGACCAUAACUCACUUGCGUCUCCUGUCAUCUACGGAAUGCGUAGGGGACGAGUGGUUCGUCAUCGGAAACGUUAUCGGCCGCAACGUGGGACACCUGACGUGCGCGGCCCACUACGUCGUGUACAAGGACUACUCGCCGCGCUGCGAGGCUGCCUUCGCAAUAGUCUCGGGCACUAACGCCCUCAUGAAGAGAGUCGAGGAACUCGUGAAUGAUGUCGAAACCACGGGCCAAUUUCCAAGCACUUCUGCAGCUUAGACCCAUUCCUGGGAAUUUUCCGAGAAGUCACAUUUUUUAGCAAGCUUAGUAAGACGAAGAGGACAGCGAUGUUCUCCGAUGCUAUUCAUGUACACAUUGUUUCACGAGUUACAAUUGUGCACUCGGUCGUACACCAGGGUAUUGGCGCUGUUUUUAAGCUGCCCGUUGUGUGCAUUGUUAUGGUCACUGAGAUAUGAAAUCAAACGUGAAGACUAGGCUAUUGCACAAAGCUGUUUUGUUCUACGAGAUGUGCCACAACUUACCUAAUAAUAUUGUAUUUAUUUUCAUAGGCGUCCCUUUUUAUUACUCUUGCUCAUGUUCAUCACCAUUAAGGACUUCCCAUUGUUCUUAGACGCGAAAGCGUGUUUUUAUAUUUGACGA